UCUCCUGUAACAUUGUUGAUGUCCACAUUUCCUAUAGCAGUGAUAUGGACAGGAUGGCCGCCUCCUCCUCCUCCUCCUCCUGCGAGAAACCUUCAGGCCCGAAAAAGAAAAGCGAGAAGAAAAUUGCAUGCAAAGAGGAAUAUAGAUUAUUGUCUAAUAUAAUGGGAAUGAUGAAUAACUUGAGGAAACAGGGGAUCUUGUGUGAUGUUAUACUGGUGGUUCAGGGGAAACACAUCCUGGCACACAGAGUGGUCCUGGCUGCCGCAAGCCACUUCUUCAACCUCAUGUUUACCACAAACAUGAUGGAGGCCACAAACCAUGAGGUGGAGCUCAGAGGUGCAGAACCUGAGAUCAUCGAGCUGCUGGUGGAAUUUGUCUACACGGCCCGCAUCUCUGUCAACAGCAACAACGUCCAGUCUCUGCUGAAUGCUGCUAAUCAGUACCAGGUCGAGCCAGUAAAGAAAAUGUGUGUGGAUUUUCUGAAAGAUCAAGUGGAUGCGACGAACUGCCUCGGUAUCAGUGCGUUGGCUGAGUGUCUUCAUUGUCCCGAGCUGAAGAUUGCUGCGGACGAGUUCAUCUAUCAGCAUUUCACAGACGUGUACAAACUGGACGAGUUCCUGCAGCUGGAUGUGAAGCAGGUCACACAUCUGCUUCACCAGGACACGCUGACCGUCAGAGCCGAAGACCAGAUCUACGACGCUGCCGUGCGGUGGUUGAAGUAUGACGUGUUAAAUCGGCAGAAGUUCGUCGUAGACAUCCUGAGCAAAGUGCGCUUCCCGCUCGUGUCCAAAAACUUCCUGAGUAAGACCGUGCAAGCCGAGCCUCUCAUCCAGGACAAUCCCGAGUGCCUCAAAAUGGUCAUCUGCGGAAUGCGUUACCAUCUCCUGUCUCCUGAGGACAGAGAGGAACUGGGCGAGAGCAGUCGUCCACGCCGCAAGAAACAUGACUUCCGCAUCGCACUGUUCGGUGGCUCACAGCCACAGUCCUGCCGCUACUUCAACCCCAAGGACUACAGAUGGACAGAUAUCCGCUGCCCCUUUGAGAAACGGCGAGACGCUGCUGCCGUUUUCUGGGACAACGUGGUGUACAUCCUGGGAGGAUCGCAGCUUUUCCCCAUUAAAAGAAUGGACUGUUACAAUGUGGUUAAGGACAGCUGGUAUUCCAAACUAGGGCCUCCGAACCCCAGAGACAGUCUGGCAGCCUGCGCAUCCAAGGGCAAGAUCUACACCUCAGGUGGCUCAGAAGUGGGAAGCUCUGCACUGAACCUGUUUGAGUGCUAUGACACUCGGACAGAGACGUGGCAGAACAAACCCACCAUGCUUCAGCCUCGCUGCAGCCACGGCUCUGUGGAGGCGAACGGCCUGAUCUACGUAUGUGGAGGCAGUCUAGGGAAUAACGUAUCCGGCAGAGUCCUCAACAACUGUGAAGUCUACGACCCCAACACAGACGAAUGGAGAGUGCUGUGCGGUAUGAGGGAGGCCAGGAAGAACCAUGGCCUGGUGGUGGCCAACUCGAGGAUCUACGCUGUGGGCGGACAGAACGGCCUCGGUGGUCUGGACUCAGUGGAGUAUUAUGAAAUAGGCAGUAACGAGUGGAAAAUGGCAUCACCGAUGCCGUGGAGAGGUGUGACGGUGAAGUGUGCAGCCGUGGGCUCAAUCAUCUACGUGCUGGCCGGAUUCCAGGGAGUGGGCCGUUUGGGUCAUAUCAUGGAGUACCACACGGAGACGGACAAGUGGGUGAUGCUGAGCAAAGAGCGUGCCUUCCCUGUCACCAGCUGCCUCAUCUGUGUCGUAGACACCUGCGGAGCCAACGAGGAAGAAAUGAGCUCUUUUCAUGAACCUUUACCAUCAACAUCCUCAGCCAAAUCCACAUGUUCAGCUCCUACAGCACACGGAAAAUGCUGAGAUAGAGAAUGAUUGGAAUGGAAUAUUUGUGUAUUUUAUGUAUAGCUUUUGAUGUACAGACUUUUUUAUUAUAUUGUUUUUGUGCAGCUUCCUCUUAAGACGUUUACCAUUAUGAUUUUGUUCUAAUUUCUAAUUCUAAUUUGGGUUGGUUGGUUUGUUUUAUUUGCUAUUUGUUAACCUUUGCUUUUAUAUUCAAGCUUUAAAUGCCUGUUAGAAAUUGUGUUAGUGUCAGUAAAAAAAAUAAUAAUUUUCCAUUUUCUAAUUCAAACAAUACACCACUUUUCACAUAAAAGCAUAAUGAUGCUGUUUUGGUUUUACCUACAGAAGAAAACAGCGAUCAUUUCUCUUUUUUUUAUGUCAUUUCUCCUUCCUUUAUGAAUUUUUUUAAGAAGACGUUUGCACAGAUUUUCAUCAGGAGAGAGAGCUCAUGAUUGUUAUCCUUUGUUUAAGUGAUAUAAAACAGACCCGUUUAUUAUGAAAACUUUGUACGUUCGGUAAAAUAAAUGCAGUUCCUUUUUUUUUGACAAACUGUAAAUUUAUAAUGCACCAUGUUGCAGGGUUAUGUGUAGGUAUGUACUGUAUAUAUGUUGACAGCAAAAGUCAGUAAUAAUAUCCUCAUUUUACCUGAUAGACUAGUAAUUGACGUCGUUACUGAGAAGAGACCAACCCUGUGAGGACAAGGAGGAGAUGUCAACUCCAUGUGGUCUCUGAAGACAACAACUUCCUAAUCAAUACACAAUUGUCAGACUGUAUGUGACUGUAGGCUGCAUUAUUCAUAAUAACACUCUCCGGUGUUUAUAACAGUUUAUAAUCACACACUCCAGGGUCACCCAAAUGAGGAGGAGGUUCCCUUUUAAAUCUGGUUCCUCUCAAGGUUCCUUCCUCUUCCAUUUAAGGGAGUUUUUCCUCACCACGGUCGACUCGGUCAGCUCGGACUUGUUCAUUAGGGAUAAAAACAAACACUUUUAAAUAUAAUUCUAAUAUUAAGCUUUGUAUAAUAUAUAACUUUUUGUACUAUUUUGUAUUAGUGCAGUGGUUAAGGUGUGAUGGGUUUGAAUCCCAGGUCCACCAAGCUGCUACUGCUGGGCCCCUGAGCAAGGCCCUUAACCCUUCAUUGCUCAAGUGUAUAAAUCGAAAUAAAGUGUAAGUCACUCUGGAUAA